CUCAAACCACCGUUGUCAUGCAAAGAAGCCAACCUUGCUCCACUUUCCACCAGAAAAUUAGAACUUGAGAGUGUUAAAAUACCUGGUUUUUAGCAUUCAACGACUCCUCUAUUCUUCUUCUUUUCUUUCUUUUAAUUGAUUCCACUAAGGUAAAGCCUAGGCCAACUAGGAUGAUAUCUCAGCCUCCUUUUUAAAUGAUAAUUCCGAGUCUGAUCUGAUCAGAUGGUCAUUGACAAUAAACCCUAGUGAGCAGUUAAUGUCCAUCUUGGGCUCCAUGGUUUUGAGUAAUAGAAGGAAAAGUUGCAUGGAAUAGAGCUAGGAGUACUCUGCGUUUAUCAACAUCCUUACAUAAAGUUAGCUAGAAAUUAAGGCAGAAUAUUUGCGCCAGAAGAAAUUGUGAAGUGUUUUUUGUUUUUGUUUGUUUUUGUCUAUUGGAAAGAAGGGACAUGGAAGAAGAAGAUAAGGAGCAGGUCUUGCCUCCUGGCUUCAGAUUUCAUCCCACUGAUGAAGAGCUUGUCAGUUAUUAUUUGACCCACAAGAUCUACAAAUCCAAUUUCACAGCAAGAGCUAUUGCAGUCGUUGACCUUAAUAAGUGCGAGCCGUGGGAUCUUGCAGGGAAAGCAAAGAUGGGAGAGAAAGAGUGGUACUUCUUCAGCCUAAAGGACCGCAAGUAUCCAACUGGACUUCGGACAAACCGUGCAACAAGUGCAGGUUACUGGAAAAUUACUGGGAAAGACCAGGAGAUCUUUAAUAGACAUACUUCAGAGCUAAUCGGAAUGAAGAAGACAUUGGUCUUCUACAAAGGCAGAGCUCCAAGAGGGGAGAAAACUAGCUGGGUCAUGCAUGAGUACUGUCUACAGUCCAAAACCAAAACCACUUUUGAAGCCCAAAAGGAGUGGGUGGUCUGCCGAGUAUUCAAGAAGAGCUGCAGAGAGAAGAGAUGCCUCCCCAGCCAGCCUCAGCCUGAUCAUCAAAAGCUUCAAAAGAGUUCUGCCUUCAUGCCAUCAGUGACGCAGGCCAAGACGUACCAAGUGGCUGGCAGCAGAAAGGGCUAUACAGAGCUGACAAGGCCAUCUAAGGCAAUUCUAGGCCUGAGCCCACCGAGCCAGCCACAGUUUGGUUCAGCUGGGAGCUUCACGCUGUCAUCAGGUCUUGGAUUACUCCAUCCCACGGUGGCUGCCAUGGAGGCAUGGACCAACUGUAUCCUCUCAAGUGCUGAUAUGGAGGUAUGGCUGCCUCAUGUGGAUUCUAAUGUGGAGCUUGAGAACUAUUGGCCCCCUUGUUUGAGUGGAAAAGAGACUCAUGAGAGCCUAAUAUAAGCUUCUUGUGCAAAAAGAGUUGAGCUUUCCUUCAGCAAAGAAACCUGUUGUGUUCUCAGAUAUGAUAUGAUAAUACGGGUUAAACUUAAAAAGAAGAAAAGAUGAUACUUGGGUUCAUUUUGGAACUCCUAAUUGGAAGUGCAGCACAGGGGAUCUGAUACUAAAAUUGUGGUGUAAUAUUUUGAGUUAUCAUUGCUUUUCUUCUCUGUUUACUGGAGAUUAAACAAUGCAUUUAAUAAGAUGGAUUUCGAUCUUCCUACUAAGCUUUCAUCGAUUACAGAGAACACUCUGGUGCUUAAAUAAUUUGAUUAGUCAAGAAUCAAACACCAUUCCACAAAAUAUGACAUCAGGCCAUAAGCCAACUGACAGAAGAUCAAAAAUAUAAUUUCAAGCACUGGUACAGCCAGCACCGUCAAAUGCAAAAAAAAUUCAUCGCAGCUACAUUGCUACAUUGUUUCCAUA